ACACAAACUUUGAAAAACAUGCUGGACCGAUUGAAAUUCAAUAAUUUGGUAAUAACCAACAAAAAGGUGAUUCAGAAAGCGCGGGCACAAACCAUUGCCAAGCUCAUUCAAAAGUUAAGAAAGGCAAAAGAUGCUUUGGCUAAACAUCCAGAUGGCGAAAAGGAAAAAACUCGUCUACGAAAAAACACAGAGUGCCUGGCCCAGCUGAAAGCACUCAAGUGCCUUGAUAUUGUCCGACAAUCUCUGCUUCAGGAAGGAACCAAUCCUAAUACGGUCAUUGCCAGCGAGCGGUCAACUCCAGACGAGCUUGGAAUCGCCAUGCUGCGGCUAAACAAACUCAUGCACGGUCUGGUGGAUAAGUUUAUGGAUGCUCUUGAGCUAAAGAGUGACAAGGAUGCGAAGUGGCGAGAGGAAAUCCUAGAGUCUAGCAAGCGGAGGGUAAAGCAAGAACGCACUGAAGAGAAAAAGCGCAAGCGAAAAGAGCUGAAGGAGCAGAAAGCUCAGACCAAAAACAGACUGGAGUGGCUAGAGCAAAAUAAAGCGCAAAAUGGAGCCAGCUUAGAGGUAGACGUACCUGUGGCUCCUGAAGUCAAGCCAGAACCAGCCUUAACAACAGAAGUAGAACCGGAAAAAUCUAAAGUUAUACCGAAGAAAGAACCGAAAGAAAUAAAACAGAGGAAGGAAAAGAUAGAAAGAAAACAGAUAAAGGACAAGAAGGAAAGAAAACCGAUAAAGGAAAAGAAAGAAAGAAAUCUUGCAGAGAAGCCCCAGAAAAAUCCAGCCGAUAAAAAACACAAUGAUCGAGAUCACAAUGACGAAAAGCGUCCUCGGGAUUACAAUGCUGAAAAGCGUCCUCGACGAGAAACUAACCGAAGCGAAGAAGACGAACCAAAGCCUCAGAAGGAUCGACCCACUCACGUAGUGGAUCCAUUUUUCAUCACGGAAUCUGGUCAGCCGUAUAUGUCCACCGCGGUGGUUCUUGAUGAGAACAAUGACACUGAAGCUGACGAUAAGCCUGCGCCUUCCAUUAACAAGUUUAGGAACGAAGAUAACAGAUCUACCUACCAAAAAAGAUAUUCUGAAAGCCAUACUGAGUUCAGGCCAAAGAAAACGGACGAUCGUCAUCCUUCCUGGCUAGCUAAGCAACAGAAAAAACCAGUUAUCGGAGAUUUCAAAGGUAAAAAGAUCAAGUUCAGCGAGAAUGGAGAAACGGCCGAAACGAGUGCUCCCGCUCCCAUUCAAGGAGCUCCCACCCCAGCUUCCACAGAAGGCAUGCAUCCUUCCUGGGUUGCUAAGCAAAAGUGGAAGCCUAAAAUAGCUGCUUUCCAGGGCACUAAGAUUAAGUUUGACGAAUAAAGAAUUGGAUUCAA